UUAACGAUUACGCACAGUAAUUUAAUAUAAUAAACGUGUACAUGUAAAGAUAAUAAUUUUAUUAUACUGUCGAAACUAUUUCCGCAGUGUCCGCGGGUUGAAAAACGAACGAAAACUCGCCAGUCGCAGUUGCUUAGUAGUAAUUUUCAACGUAUAUUAUUAUAGUGUUGUUGUCGUCCGUAGGAAAACCGAUCGUUUCGACUUUUUUUAAUUGCCGAUAACGAAUAACGGCGGCGAGGCUACGUUAUCGUUUUCAGCGGUGUUGGCUGUUACGACGAUAAAAUUAAAUAUACUAUAAUAGACUUCCCGUGCGCGUAAUAGCUCGUCCUUAAUGCAUCGCAUAUGUAGAUAAUACGAAUAAUUACGUUAUAACGAUGUGAUGUAUAAUAAAAAAAACAAAAAAAUUAUCGUAAACCAUUAGAGGCAUUGCGAGCUCGGCGACCGGACGGACGAGCGACGACGAGAAACCGGAGGAACGCGCAUCGGUGUCGACCGCGAUAAUAGUACGCCGAUAUCGCAAAGCACUUCAAGCUCACAUUUCCCCGCGGGGCACGUGACAUUCGGUUCGGUUCCUCCUCUCCAUUGCUCGAAAAUAUCGACACUCGUUGGUCCCGGUCACUGGUCAGUCGUCGCACGUCGUCCAGAUCGUCAUGCACGUCGUUCGCGACGGACCAAAACCGCCGUCGAACGUCUCCGAUAAUAAGCCGCCGGUCUUCAACCCUACGCCAGACACGCACCGUCGAUGUCCCUAAGCUUUGGUGUAAGAUGGAUGUGAGCGGUCUCCCUUCGCCGACGGACCAGUUCACCUGCGGACGGUUUGCCGCUAGUUGUCUGCGAUACUACUAUGAUUUAACCAAAAAAUUAGGAAAGUGAUUUUAAGUUUACAGCAAUGAAAAGUGACAUUUUAUAUUUUAGCCGACCGGGCAUUAAAAAAAAUGCCAUAUUAAUCUUUUGUAUUGGUGUGAUAUUUGGUAUAUUUUUUGCUUAUACUACAAUAUCCAUUACUGAAUGCCAUUUUAAAGAUAUUAAAAUACUUCCAUCAAAGUUUUCAUAUGAUCCAGUUAGAUACCACGAUCCUCAUUCACAUGGACAUGAUAAUGAAGGUUCAUUCAAUGAUUCAGUCAUUAUGAAAGACCAUGGAGAAAAUGAGACAUUACAUUUUCAUGAAGAUCUUGUGGCUCAAGAGCUUAAAAAACGAAUUAGAGUUCUCUGUUGGAUCAUGACUAGUCCUAGUAAUCACAUUAAAAAAGCAAGACAUGUAAAAGCCACAUGGGGUAAACGUUGCAAUACAUUACUUUUUAUGAGCACUACUGAAGAUAAAAGCUUACCUUCUAUUGCAUUACCAGUUAAAGAAGGUAGAGAAUAUCUUUGGGGCAAAACUAAAGAAGCAUUUAAGUACAUCUAUAAACAUUAUAAUGAUUAUGAUUAUGUAUUGAAAGCUGACGAUGAUACGUAUGUUAUAGUCGAGAAUUUGAGGUAUAUGUUAACUUCAUUUAACCCAAAAGAUCCAAUUUUCUUAGGCUGUAGGUUUAAACCCUAUGUUAAACAAGGAUACAUGAGUGGCGGUGCAGGUUAUUUGUUAAGCAAAGAAUCAGUUAGGAGGUUUGUUGAAAAAGCUAUACCUCAUAAACAAUGUCGGCAAGACAACGGUGGAGCCGAAGAUGUAGAAAUUGGUAUUUGUCUUCAAUUAGUUGGAGUAAAAGCUGAGGAUACUAGAGAUAGUUUAGGUCGUGGACGUUUCUUUCCAUUUAUCCCAGAACACCAUCUUAUACCUGGACAUACAGAUCCAAGUUUUUGGUACUGGAAAUAUAUUUAUUAUCCAAUAGUAGAGGGUAUGGAUUGUUGUUCAGAUACUGCAAUUUCAUUCCAUUAUGUUAAUCCUAAUAAUAUGUAUGUACUCGAAUAUCUAAUUUAUCAUUUACGACCGUAUGGAGUGACUCAAAAUAUUGAUCCAGCUACCGUAAAAAAAAAUUAUCUUAGCAAAGAAAGUAAUGCUACUAAGACUGAUCAGCCAAUGAACAAAACACAACAUGUAUAAACUUUAAUUAAAUGUUCUUAAGACAUUUUACUGUGAU